UAGGGCCAGGGACGCUACGUCAAGGGGGAGUGCGCGCAGCGGAGCUCUACUGUCCAGUGUUGGCGUGUAGCCGCGAGUGACUGGUCCAGCCGGUAGCUGACCAUGGAGGCUGAAGCGUCUCAGACCAGUGUUAGGGAAGUGACCGGCGAUACCGUGUCAACGCCUCCAGAUGAGAAGAAAAAGCCGCGACCUAAUGUGCUCGAACUGAAGGAGCGAAUACAGCAGCUGCAGACGGAGGCGGUGGAGCAGCUGGAGCAGAAGCUGCAGCAGCUGGUGGAGGAGGCGCUGCGAGUGGCAGAGGCGCCGGCCACGCCGCCCUCGCCGUCCCACCACCUGCUCUACGACGACGCCAAGUAUCGCAACAGGACGCACCAGCCCAGCUCGGGAGCCCUGCCGGAGAAGCAGUUCCUGGCGAGGGAGUCGCUGUUGACGGACCUGAUGAAGAUCAAGCACUUCCACACCGUCUACAACAUCUUCGUGGCCAUGUUGCUCAUCCUGUUCCUGCACACCGCCGUCUACGACCUAGUCGCUGACGGGCAGUUGAAGCUGGGCUUCUCAACUAUAUUUUGGAAUUUUGAUGGGCUGCACAUUGUAAUGGCAACCUGGGUCUCCAUGCAACUUGCAGUAUUUGUGCUGUUCAUUGCAUUCUGUCACUGGGCAUCAUUUCGUGUUUCAUUGUCUAUUUCUGGAUAUCAGAGAAAACUUCUGGACAACAGUGCUCUGAUUGUUCUAAUUGCCUACAAAAUUGGUUUUCUGGUGCUGCCAGUAUGUGUUAUACAAUACAAUCAGUUACCUCCUAUCUCAGCCAUGAUAAUUCUUUGUGAGCAAGUGCGAAUGAUUAUGAAGAGCUAUGCAUUUUUAAGAAGUAAAGUGCCAAAAGUUAAAAUGUUCAAGCCUCAUACUGAAGCCACAGAUGUGCUACUUCCAGACUUCAAUCAUUUUGUGUAUUUCAUGUUCGUUCCAACCCUUGUUUAUAGAGACACAUAUCCAAGGACUAAGGAAAUCCGCUGGAAGGUGGUGGUGUGGCAUCUGACAGAGGUGUUUGGAGUAAUAUUCUUCAUUAGCUUUGUGUUUGAACGGAGCUUGGUACCUAUGUUCAGAAACUUUGGGAAGCAACAGCUGUCUCCUAAGGCAAUGGUUGUUGCCAUUUUUGGUAGCAUGGUUCCUUCAAUUACUGUGUUUCUUUGUGGUUUCUAUUGCAUUCUUCAUGCUUGGAUGAAUGCAUUUGCUGAAAUAACAAGGUUUGCAGACCGCAUGUUCUACAAGGACUGGUGGAAUGCUAAUUCCUAUGCAGCCUACUAUCGGAAUUGGAAUGUUGUUGUCCAUGACUGGCUGUAUACGUAUGUGUACAAAGAUCUGAGUGAGCUGCUAGGUGCCAAAAGACGUACUCUUCCUAUACUUGCAGUCUUCUUCCUGUCUGCAAUUGUCCACGAGUACAUGCUUACAUUCAUUGUUGGUUUCUGUUACCCAAUGCUCUUCAUGGCAUUUGGAGUAUUUUCAGUGGGCCUAGUGUUUGUAACACAUGAUCGGCUGCCAGGUGGCAACCUAUUAAUGUGGUUGCUCGUCACAACAGGAACAGGUCUCCUUACCAGUCUCUACAUGAUGGAGUGGUUUGCUCGACGCCACUGCCCUCGGUUUAUUGAUUCUACAUGGGACUUCUUUGUGCCAAGAUCAUGGUUCUGUUCUCCACUCACAUCUGAGUAACAAUAGUUCGUGUACCGUAAGUUAAGCAGGACUUCAUUUUGAAGAUAGCUUUCAAAAGUGCAUCAGUCCUUUCUUGUAAUUGUGAAUACUCAAAAGAACAUAACUUUUAACAUGAGAUUAUAUCAGUGGACUGGAAUAAAGUAUUUUUGUAGUGUAUAUAUACAGAUAUUUUAAUUGAAUUGUAGUAAGUCCAUUUUGUUACAAUGUUCGUAGUUUGCUGCAAUGUGAACUCCGUGAUAAAUGUGACUGUGAAAGUUGUACAUAUUGUAUGUGAUGUACUUUUGCACUUUAGUGGUGUGAAAUGUUUUUAUGUGUCUGACAUUUGUAAUGUUCUUAUUUUGGUAUUUUUACUUAUUAGUGAUGUAGUAUCAAUUAGCAUGACUUUCUGUGCUGUCCUUGUACUAUACUUUACCAUUUUCUCCCUAAGCCCUUUGCAUUGAUUUUAAUGUACAAAGACUGAACGUACUGUGUAAUUAUAAGACAAAUACUGAUGACCAUGACAGUACAGAAAAUUCUGUUAAUACAUUUAUGUACAUAAGUAAAUGAUAGAAUUUUGUCUAUAGUUAUAAAUGUGCGAAUUUGUUUGACAUUUAGAGAAGUGAGUAAAUAUAACACAGAUAUAUAUUUGCUACCAAAUGUACAUUAUCAUAGGUCAUAAACGACUCCACACCACAUUAUAGCUUCCUUUUUAAAAAAUGUAGGAACUGCUAUCACCUAACUGUUGCAUUACAUGGCUGUAUUACAGGAGGACAUCUGAAUUAGCAUCUUGUUGAUGUUCUCUUAAAAGCUAACAGCCAAGGCAUAGGGGACACAAUCAUGGUACUUCAUUCUUAAUCAAGACUUCUAUAUCAGUUGAUUCAUUUAACUUAAGAUCAACAAAGCUGUCACAUCCUGUGGAUUUUUGUUUGAUGGCCUGGUGUCUAGCUCCUGCCUACAUAGUUUUGGCAAAAGGAGCUGCCUUCUCCUGCCUGAGCAUUUGGUGGUCCUCAUGCCAGAGUAAGACUCAUGGUUAGUGCCACACAGUCACACCACCACCUACAUACUUCCACAGCCAACAUCAUUUCCACCAUCAGAGCGCAGCUGGCUCCAAAGUUCCUUUGCUUUGAGGUUUCUGCACUCCUAUCCUCUUUCUUAACAAAUGUAGCCCCUCAGCAACUUGGAUCCAUGAAGCUCUGUGUAAUACGCAUUUCCCAGAUACAAUAUUACCCAACUGCUUCUUGUAUGCUACAAGUGAGAUGCACUGCAGAGGGAUCAAAGACAAUCCGACAGCUGACACAAGGCCACUCAGGUCCAUGGCCAUUUUGACUUAUCAACUACUGUCAUUCAUGUUGAACAGAAUUAUUUUGGACAGUUGUUUCACUUUGUCUAAUCUGUGGGCACAUAAUGUCAACCAGUCACUUUGAAGGCUCCAUAUACUUGACUUUAUCACAGAAGAAAAUUUUGUUAGUUCUUCACAUUCCCAGUGGAAAAGACUUUCAGAUAAACAGAUAAUAUUGUCAUGGUGUAGCAUUUCAAUCCCAGUAACAUCAGUAUCAUUUAGUUUAGUUGGCAAUCCCUUAGUAAACACUUGAUGUGAUACUAUUUGUACUGAAGUUUUGUUUUGUCAUAACUGAAUGUCACAGUUGUGUUAAAGUUUUGAGUACUGUAAUACUUCCAAGUAAACUGACAAAAGCUUGAAGUGUUAUGAUUAAGCAACAUUUGAGAUCCUACCUGUCUUGCAUGACAUUUUAUAAAAUGAAAUUUUAACCAAAUGGUGGGGCAUAGGAAGUUUUUUAUUUUUUAUUUAAUGAACAUUAUUUCAUAUCAGGGCUUCAUAACUUCUCAUCUUUCACUCAAUGUAAGAAGAAACAGGAUCAAAAAUUGAUAGUAUUGUUUUAUGCAGGCAACUGAAUGCACAUAAUCCAGAUCAAGAUUUGUCUUAAUCAGUCAUUACAUGCAUUUUUUCUGCACUUUAAGAGCUGAUUUUGUUUCUUAUUUAAGAAAGUUUUCCAAAUCCAAUCAUGAUUGUAAGUUAGUAUCCGCUUGACAGUGGUGUUGCACUACAGAGUCUGCAAAGUUUUUUCAACCCAAGAAAACUGUUCCACUGUUAGAGUCAAACAUAUUUUUCACUUUGGGCCAAAUCAGUUUACGUUAUUAUAAUAAAGACAGCUCAGGUUACAUAUAUAAGCAGAUAACAUGACAGUUUCUUUGAGUUUAACAAUCUAGCCCUUCAGACAAUUCACUAAUAGUAGUACCUACUUCUGUUGGCCAAGAUCUGAUUUGACUAUCGAAGCAUACUUGACUGUGAGACCUGAGUUUCUCCUGGCAUAUGUAAUGUUCAAAUAAAUUAAGAGUGCUUGUUGAUGAUUUCAUCCAGUUGCAUCCUCGUAAGUUAUUUGAACAUCUUGGCUGUCACUAACAAUUGGACCUAACUAUUAAUAUAUCCUGCAGUGUCUCUAUUGUUCUUUCCCCCCUUAUUCAUUCCUUUAAUCUUUUUCUAUGUCUUUUUUAUACCUUUCUGCACUUCAUUUUAAUUCUGUUUGCCUGUUGCUCUAGUUACUUGUCUAUCUACUUCAUUUUGUCUAAAUAAAUUUUGUUUCUCCCUUUUCUUUCUUCUCUUGUUUUCUUGUUCAGCUUCAAACAUUACUUUUCAUUAAACAAUUUUUCAUACAUGCCCAAUAUUUUCCUGCUUCUGCUGUAAUUCAGUUCACAGCUAGUAAUUUUGUAUUUGCUGUUAGUCCCUGCAGCUGCUGAUUCUUAAAAUAAAGUUACGUGGUUCCCUUCUUCUGAUACUAUGACAGAAUUUUCGUACCAUAUUUGUGACUCAUAUUCAGGAGUCUUUGCAUAUUUUAUGGCUUUCAGAUUUCAUACUGAUAUCACAACUGGCAAGAGCUGUUCAAAUCCUUUUUUGGUACAUUCAUUCAAAUUUUCCAUUGUUCCACUGAAUUGUUAUAGAUAGUUAUAAAUUUGUUUGCAUAUGGAUCCACUGCCUCAACAUAUUUUUCAAAAGAAAACAUUGUCUGUUAUGGGAUGCACAAUUUUCAGAUUAUUUGCCACUGGUCAGUUUUGACUUUGUCAUUACUAAGCAACAUUUAGAUAACCUCUGUGCAAUAUGUUACAGUGGAUGUAAUAUACUAAUAAACCCACCAGCCCACAUGUGGAACUACUAAUAAACAUUAAUAUGACAUGUACCAAACAGAAACAGAAUGUUUGUGAUACAUGUGGGAGAACUAUGUAUAAUAUGAUUUAAGAACAUAUUUAAGAUAAAACCACUGGGAAUAGCAAUCAUUUUACACUUUAACAUCAGCUUAUUCUCUUGAAAUGCCCAAAUGUAGGGUUCAUAUACUGAUGGCAUGAUUCCUUUUAUGAGACCACAUCAGUCUCAACGUAAAUCAGUUCUGAAUCUGUCUUGCUCUUACAAUGACAAAAUGCAGAGAAACAACUUUAUUUAGUUCUGAUAACUGACCUGCAAUUUCUAAUUUUUGUACGGGAUUAUUCAAGUUAGUGACUCUUUUUCAGUUAAUUAAAAAAUAGUAAUAGCAAAGUAGAAAAUUCCAUCCAUUUGCAGUAAAUUAUUCCUGUAAUUGUCAUGUGCUCAUAUAACUAAACUGCAAAACUAGAUUUUUAAGAAAACUGGAUAGUACGGCCCAGUAGCUCACACAGUUCAGAACGUCACCAUUUGAAGCAACUGAAAUUAAGUCUCCCUCAGAGUGUUUCCCUGUGUGUGUGUGUGUGUGUGUGUGUGUGUGUGUGUGGUCCUGGCAGAGGUUCGAGUCCUCCCUCGGGCAUGGGUGUGUGUGUUUGUCCUUAGGAUAAUUUAGGUUAAGUAGUGUGUA